ACAUCGAGACGAGAAUCCUGCUAGCACAAAAGAAAACCGGGGAGCUUUCCAACGUCUUCAACGGUAAAAUACUCACGCCGCGGCUCAAGUUGAAAAUCCUCUGCGCCUUCGUAUACCCCGUGCUCGCAUGGGGGUGCGAGACGUGGUGUCUGCGACAAAGUGGCGAAAUCUUGUUAGACACGUGGUGGAAUAAGAAGCUCCGCCACUGUCUAGGAAUAACAAAACGCGACCACGUCAAAACGCGAGACAUCUACAACAAGCUGCAGGCCCGGGCGCUUUCUGAGAAAAUUAGAGAGCGAAGGCUGCGAUACUUUGGCCGCGUGGUAAGGUAUCCAGCGAAACGCUGGGCGCGGCUGAUGUUGUCAGCCACCGUGCCGAACGCCAAGACGAAAAAAGGGCAAGGAGCAACAAAGACCUGGAUAGCAGAAAUCAACGCGGAUCUCAAUCGAAAGCGAGCAACAGUAAAGGACUGCCUUGAUCGAAAUCUAUGGCGAGACAUCACCACAGGCGCAGCAACAGCAUCAGCAAAAACAACAAGCAGCAGCAAUACAUCUUCAGCGCUCUCCUUUCAAGCAAACAACAACAACGAAAGACUACCAAUCCAAGCAAUCAUGAGACUUAGAGGACGGAAGAGGAUAAUCUAAGGGGACUACCUCGAAUAGAUUUACAUCAUCAUCAGAGCCAAAGGACCUGGCGUGCUGUUGCGGACAAAAAAGCAAGAACUUACCACGCGGGCCACUUACGACCACCUACGUACAAAGUGCACUAAACGGUACCGUUGUCCAGGGCGGAAAGCUACAACAGGGGGUCCAAUACUUCCACUUUCUCCGGCAGAAGUUCUUGGAUGUGUGAGUAACUUCUAUCGCAUCUUCGACAAUGCCCGUGCAGGAGCCCCAACUUUACAACUUUACUCCCGGCUCGUCGUACCUGGUGCUGGUCCUGGUGUCGCUGUUCGCUUUCAUCCGGUCCGCAGCGGCACACGAACCGAGCCGCCAACCGCUGCUGGCGGCCGUCGGCGGGACGAAAACGAGUACGAAAUUCAAUGUCGUCCUCUCCCAACAGAAAGAUCAAACUGGGGGAAUAGACAAGGAUGCGGAAAAGUCUGCAGUCCACGGCGAAAACAAACAAAUGGGCGCAGGAGGCUCGAGGAAACCCCCGGCAGGUCCACGUCCCUCAGGCCUACAGGUUAGUGCACUUCCUGCUGAACAGGAAACAAGCCAUGAUGCCCACCACCAGCAAAGAAGCAAACUGCCCCGCCGUCCGCGCGACCACUGCACGUGCCUCGGGAUGGGCCCAAACGCCACUGCGGAGGGCGUUGGCGCGCUGGUUUCGCAGACCUCCGAUGGCGAGGGUGACGAGGAUUACCGGGUCAUUUUCGUGCCGGCCCGAAACCGCACUGCGCAGCCAAGCCGCCCGCUUUUCUACCCGUUGGAGGGCACGCCGCGCCUGGUGGCGCCGACAACCAUCUCGCCCGAGUAUGGCCCUUUCCACCCCGACGACCGGCCCACGGAGUAUGGCGUUUUCAAACGUUACAUUCUCAACUGUUACCCGAUUUGUCAUGCAGUAUUACCUUCAGAAUCGGCACCAUAUCAAGCUGCUUCGCGUGACAAAGUCUCAGAGGCCCAAGCAGGCUGAUAAUCUGUGCCAAAUCUGUCAUGUAAGACGCGCAAGGUCCCCCGUUUCACUUUUGCCAUUCUUGCAUUACAGAUUCAUGUUGUAACAGUUGAGAAUGUAACGUUUGAGAACCCCAUACGGAGCCGCUCGGCUUCAUCCCAGAGUUUGAAGCGGACGAGGAGAACUUUUUCGAUGUCGCGCCGUCACAAAGUAAAACCGGGGAAACAAAAAUUCGAGUGACCACAGAUCACGAGUUCACGUUUCCAUACUACGACGGCAGCUACGCGUUGAUUACCCGAAGUGAAAAAACGUAGUACCCAGGGGCUGCUGCCCAUAGUGCAAAAAACCUUCAGACGCUUUCAGACUCAUGCAUGACAGGUUCUAUGUCGAGCCGCAUGACAAGACACAUUCUGGCGGGGAGGCAGGUUAUUUGCCUGGCAAAAAUAAGUCAGCAGAACUGGGUACUACAUUUCCUCACCGGAUGUCAUUGAGCGACUACCUGGGGAUUGCGGAAGCCACAUGCUCGGCCCGGCUGUACGCACUCCCGAAGAACGAUCCCAGCGGAAAAGGCCACGCGUUGCUGUCAAUCCAAGAAAUCUAUCCUUCGCAAAAGUAUCGUACUCGUACUAGUUGCAGUACAGCGUGGCAGCUCUGGUUUUUGUACCUAAUUCCCCAUGACAGAUUUUGGUGAUCAUGUUCCUUCUGAAAAUAAAAUUUCUGAUGCAGAAGUUCCCACUACUACGGUACUUCUUUUGCAACGCAUAAGAUCUCCCGUCUGAUGCUGGAGCGGUGCACCACGGCGAGAUGUGCGGUGCUGCACGGCGGUCGCCUGGCGGAAAAGUACGGGUUUUUUUCCACACUGGAGGUGGAUGACAGCGGGGAGGCGCUCACCAUCACGGACGGGAGGGAAACGUGGGUCUUCCACAUCCUGGCGGACGAUACCGGCAAGGGGGCGGUGUGGGCCGCGCAAAAGCUGCAGCCCAACCACUUCGCCGUGGUGGCCAACAUGUUUGUCAUAAGGGAAAUGAACCUGGAGGAUACCGAGACCUUAACCAUUGCAAAUAUGUCUGGGUCUGGAAGAUUGUGAGACUUGUCGUGCUAAUCUGGCAUUACUAUGAGCUCUGUCGUGCGCGGCCACAAAAACUCCUCUUGCCUGUCAUGUAAAAACGAAGUUUUUGAUGCGGAAUACGCAAUUCAGAACCACGGAAAAACUUGUCAUGCUUGGCAGUGAAUUACAGGGUGCGCAGUGUUCCCUGACUUGCAUCAGAAGUUUACAGACCCAGAGAUAUUUGCAUUUGAUAGACCUUCCUCUUCUCGAAAAACCUGGUCUCCGUAGCCCAGAAGCACGGGUGGUAUCAUAAAUCAUACGACCGGCUAUUUCAUUUUUCUAGUAAGUGUUGCAGAUGUAGUCCACGUGGUUAAUAACGCUUCAGUCCUCUCCGUCGCGUUCUGGAGACAUAUGAAUACAAGGGAAAAAUGAACAACAGAAACUGCACCAGGGUCGGGGUUUACUUGUAGUUCCACAUCGACGAAGUUGCUCUUCUGAUGUUGAAACAAGAUUACUAAAGCGGUUUGUCAAAAAUGAAAAUCCUAGGUACGAUCCUGCUUCCGGUGAGAAGUUCGAUUUCACGAAAAUCUACUCGGCCGGUGAGUACGCGCACCCCUACUAGUAUCGACAGGAACAAAUCUUUGUUGACCAAGACACACAUCGUAGCUCUUGCUGCAAAGAUUGUCUAGUAGUAGAGUGAACCAAUGAAAGAAGUAGCCACGGUAAUUAUAUGCCUCUACCAAGACGCUGGUGUGCAUUUUUUCAUUUUUAGCUGCUUGAUGUCUAUGUCAUGACAAACAUUUCGUAACGAUACUCCCUCCGCCCGACGCGCGUGGCGGAUGCUUUCGCACGCGAACCCAGAGCUUGGGCUCGACCCCAUGCUGGGCUACCAAACCGAGAAGCCUACCUACCCCUUCUCCGUGCCCGUAUCCCGGCCGUUGACGCGGGAGGACGUGUUUGGCUUUUACCGGGACCACUACGAAAACACGCCCUUUGACUUGACCCAGAACGUGGCCGCCGGAGGCUAUGGGAACCCGAUGCGGUACGCCGAGGGUGCGAAUGAGGCAACGUUCAAAUACGGUGCCUGGGAACGAUCUAUCGACAUCUACCGCACCACCAUGACCCACGUCGCGGAGGUCACGGCAGUGACGGAUGAAGCAGAUUCAAAUAAAGGUAGAACUACACGAGCUGGUGCUUCGUCUACACCGCCGGCGUCGAACAAGGUGACCCUCUGGUACGCCCCGGCGCGCGCCUCUGCCUCGGUGUUCGUGCCACUGUUUCUGCACAACAGCACCGACUAUGCGCCGAUAGAGCUGCGGUCGGGGAGCGGGUGGGCCGUGGAGCAUAACAGUCUGUGGUGGGCCGCGAACGCGAUUGGGAAUUGGAUGGACCUCAGGUAUUGAUAAUUUCUGUGAGCUGUUUUGGAACUUCAAUUUCAUCUCAAAAUGUCAUUGACUUUGACUACGAAAGAAUACGGCUCGGCUUCCCCAGACGGCGUGAUGAGCAAGUGCUGUCUUCUUCCCGAAGUCUGUAAAUACUGUACCCCACGACUCACGCUCACCCCAGGUUUUCCGACAUCCGCAGCUACGUCGCGGCGUACCAGCGGGAGACGGAAGGAAAGCUGGUGGACUUCGCGGUAUCGUGGCAUAAAAGGCACGACACGAGAAAUAAAUCGAAAUCGACUGACACGACCGACGAAGACUUUGUAACCUUGGCACAGACCACGAGAGCUACUACUACGGAACGAACAUCAACCAAGGAGACCAUGAAGACAGCAGCAAGAACUCUUUCCUCGAACUCUUGGCAGUCCCGCAUCACCGAGUUAACGAAGCAGCACUGGGAGCUCUUUUACAAAAUCAUGGCGACUUUUCAGAACGGCUACGUCAUGAACACCACCACGCACAGCGCGGAAGCUAAAGGGUAUCCGUCCGUCGAUUACUUGAAGGACGUCGGUUACGAAACCGAGUUCCACGCACUAUGGGGCUUUGAAACGUUACAUUCUCAACUGUUACAUGAAUUUGUGAUGCAAGAACAGCAAAAAUGAGCGCGGGAAGAUUGCGCGCUUUGCAUUACAAAUGCGGAACAGAUUCAGGCGCUGUUUCGCCCUUCGAGAAUUUGUCAUGCGAAACACCUUGAUCGUGUGGCGGCUUAUGGCAAUUUUGCAUGACAAAUCAUGUAACAGUUGAGGAUGUAACGUUUGAGAACCCCAUACGCACAACACGCGCAGUUCGACACCAUGCGGGCAAAGCUGAAACAAUACCAAAAGGAGGCGGAACUCAUCAUUUCUGGUCAAGGUGAGUUGGAGACAAAAGACGAUAACCAGGAGAAUAGCGGCACCGAGGAGGGUAGUGGUGAAGGGCCAGUAGUGGUUGAGUAGGUCGUGAUAUUGUGCAUGGCGCGACGGCGACCUCAGGCUCAGCGAACUUUUUGUUUUGCAUAAGUUGAUCGCUGCUCUACCUUCGAGCAUAUCUUCCUUCAACAACACGACACGCAUUCGCAUGAGAAGCUUUUGCAAUUUUGUCGUUUUCGGGUGGAACCAUCAUAAGAUGAAGAGACGCUAUUGUGUCCUCGUCUUCUAUGGAUGUUUUGCUGUUCUUUUCGUGUUCAGUAUCUGGAUAGUAUGAAGAUCUCUACUUUUCGUAAAACAUAUUUUUGCAGAGAUCUUGGGCCGGCGUACAGAACACCAUUACACAGCAUUCUCCAUCACAUCGUAGACUGGCAUAGAUGAACUUCCAACAGUGUAACAUGAUCAAAUUGUCGCUUGAGCCGUUCUAGUCCUUUGCAAAGGCAAUACUCUUUUCGUUGCACCAUUGACUAGCCCGCAGCUGUAGG